AUGACUUCUCAUCGCGGUCUCCAUAUUGCUUUUCAAAUGGAUCCUCUAGAGUCUUUGAACUUUCGAACAGACUCAACGCUCCUGAUAAUGAAAGAAGCCUAUAAAAGAGGGCACACGAUUUUCUUUUACACUCCUGAGAACCUUAGCCUUUGCGAGGGAAAGCUUCUGGCCAAGGGAUAUCACAUCAAUUUUGAGGGAGGAGUUCUGAACGCAGCGGUUCAAAAAGAAAUGUUCGAUCUUUUUCAAGCGGAUGUUGUUUUUAUCCGUCAAAACCCACCUUUUGAUAUGGGGUACCUCAGCGCUACCUAUCUUCUAGAUUUACUCCCCCAAACAACCGUUUUUGUCAAUGAUCCAACAGGCAUUCGAAACAGCUCAGAAAAACUCUUGGCAACCCACUUUCCCGAGAUUACACCCCCAACCUUGAUUUCUCAAGAUACUGAAAACAUUCAAGAUUUUAUCGAAAAGCAUAAAAAAAUCGUUCUCAAACCUCUCUAUGGUUUCAGUGGACAAGGGAUUUUCACAUUAAAAGCUCAAGAUCCUAAUUUAGAGCCUCUUUUAGACACCUUCCUAACGCACUCCAAUGAACCUUUUGUCAUACAAAAAUUCCUUCCUGAAGUGGUUGAAGGAGAUGCUCGCAUUUUGCUUAUUGAUGGAGAACCUGUUGGGGGGAUCCGACGCGUCCCUAAAAAAGGCAGUUUUCGCAGCAACAUAUCUGUUGGUGGAACGCCAAAACCCUAUACUUUAAGCCCUCGAGACAAAGAAAUUUGCAAAAAAAUUAGUCCUACUUUAAAGGAGAGGGGUCUACUUUUUGUGGGCAUAGAUGUGAUCGGGGGAUUCUUAAUAGAAAUCAACACAACCUCACCAACAGGCAUCGGACCUUUAAACAAAAUGGACGGCCACAAAGUUGAAGCCCACCUGUGGAAUGUGAUUGAAAAAAAGCACAAAUCAAAGCAGAAGAAAUAA